GAGAGGCCACCCAAUUGGUUGAGUGAAUGGUCCGAGGGGGGGUUAUGAUUGGCUGCGCCGGGAAGGGGCGGAGCCGUGUGAGGCUCUGUUGCUGGGCAGGGUAACAUGGCUGCGCUAGACCGGGUGAAGGUGCUGGUGCUGGGGGACUCAGGUGUUGGGAAGUCUUCCCUUGUUCAUCUGUUGUGCCAAAACCAGGUGUUGGGAAACCCAUCUUGGACAGUGGGCUGCUCAGUGGAUGUCCGAAUUCAUGACUACAAAGAGGGGACCCCAGAAGAGAAGACCUACUACAUCGAGUUGUGGGAUGUUGGCGGUUCAGUGGGCAGUGCUAGUAGCGUGAAAAGCACACGGGCAGUUUUUUACAACUCUGUGAAUGGCAUAAUAUUAGUGCAUGAUUUAACCAACAAGAAGUCCUCCCAGAACUUGUAUCGAUGGUCAUUGGAAGCACUUAACCGAGAUGUGGCUCCAAGUGGAGUGCUGGUGACGAAUGGGGACUAUGACCGUGAACAGUUUGCUGAUAACCAGAUUCCACUGCUGGUGAUAGGAACCAAAUUGGACCAGAUCCCAGAGACUAAGCGCAAUGAAGUUUUGACCAGAACAGCUUUCCUGGCUGAGGAUUUCAAUGCAGAAGAGAUUAAUCUGGACUGCACCAAUCCUCGCUAUCUGGCUGCAGGCUCAUCCAAUGCUGUCAAGCUCAGCAGGUUUUUUGAUAAGGUCAUAGAGAAGAGAUACUUGUCACGAGAUGGUAAUCAGAUUCCUGGCUUUCCUGAUAGAAAAAGAUUUGGAGGUGGUACACUGAAGAGCCUUCAUUAUGACUGAACACUGCUCACUGUCCAGAGACUGAAUGGAAGAUGAGUUCUCUCCAUUUGCAGCAACAUUCCUAUCCCUGUUGGACUCUUAAAGGCAACGAUCCUCAUGCCAGGCAAAAUACAUUUUAUUAAUUGCUUUGGCCAACAGGACUAUGGAAGCUACCAGUGCUCAUGAAGGCACAAGGAAGAAUCCCCCAAAUCUGGUUUGGGGUCCAAACUCUCUCCUAGGCUUAGGAACCUUGUGGAAAUACUGGAUCUUUUUCAAUUGGUGCAGUAAAUUUAGUGUUUCCCACGCUGCUGUGGGAAACAUUCUCAUUCACAGCAUGCACGUGUAACUUUUUUCCCCCAUCGUGGAACAUUUAUGAACACUCUUCAGUGAAUUACACUAAUUUUACCACUAGCAGAAAGGGAACACUGAACAGGCUUCUCAUUUACACUAACAUAAAGCAAAAUAUAAGACUGUAUAAGAAAUAGGAUGGAAAACAGUAGAAAGCCAUCAUAUAAAUCAGUGGUACGGCCUCAACUGGAACUCUCAGUUCUGCGUCACCCCAUCUCAAAAGGGGCAUAACAGAAAUAGAGGUUGUUCAGAGACAGGUGCUGAAAAUGAUUAGAAGCCUGAAAAACAAUUCCCCAUGAAGAGAGAUCGGUGUUUAUAUUGCUGUUUAGUUUGGUAUUUGUAGUUUAGGGAGUACAGAGAAAGUAGAUCAGGUAUUCCUAUUUAUUUUUUUCUCAUAAUACCAGAACAAGGGGACAUUCAAUUACAUUAAAAGGCAAGAAACUUAAAAUUCA